UGAAAAUUGAACUUUUAUUGUGAAGGAAGUUAGCGGAAGUUGCUCAUUGAAUUCACGGUCUGUUAUGGAAGAAAAGGGGGUUCAUAGUUCUGUCAACAGCCGCUCCAGGACUGGUGGCCAUAUAGAAAUUAAUGUGUUUCCACAAUAAGGGGAGAAGUAAUCAGGUGUCACCGCAUUCGUGGCUGUCUGAAGGAUUCAGAGAUCAUGUCAGCAGUCAAGCUCGCCCUGCAACUGAGCCAAAAAAAUGGCAGAAAAAGGUCCUCCGAAACAAAAUCUGCAGAGGUGUCACCCGACUCCAAGUGCCCCAUCUGCUUGGACACAUUCAGCAACAUUUCCCGCCUUGACCGCUGCUUGCACAGGUUCUGCUUCCGCUGCAUUCUCGAGUGGUCCAAGAACAAAGCAGAGUGUCCGCUGUGUAAACAGCAGUUUAAUUCAAUUUAUCACAGUAUAAAAUCAGAGCAAGACUUCAAGACUUAUGACCUGCAGCCAGUGGACAAUGGCUCUUUUGGUUAUUUUCAGGGAGUGCGGUUUAGAUACCGCACAACUCUCACCGCAGCCCAUCGACAGUUGAGAGGAAGGAUGUCUCUGGCUCCUGACAUUGGUAUAAUAUCUGAAGGCCCAACAAAUUCUUCCCAACAGCGGCCAGACCGUUACAUGCGGCGCAUGAUGAUGAGGCUGGCAACCCAGAGGAGAGCUGCAAGGGAAGGCAGGGCGGUGGCCAGUGUCCGAGAGCAAGAAAUUAUCAACUUUAGACGGGAGCUGUACCGACGGGGGGUGAGGGUUCGAAAUGUUCAGGAUGGUGGCCGCUCCCGAGACACCUCAGCGGAGUUUUACAGAAGAAAUCCAGCCUGCCUUCACAGACUGAUCCCCUGGUUGAAAAGAGAGCUGAAUGUGCUAUAUGGAACCCAUGGCUCUUUGGGCAACAUGGUUCAACAUAUCAUCAUGUCACACAUUACACGAUAUAACAUGGAAGACGGAGCUAUUCAGGAAGAGCUCAGGCACUACCUCCACAGUCACGCAGAGCAUUUUAUGCACGAGUUCAUCAGCUUCGCAAAGUCCCCCUUCAACAUGGAGGCAUAUGAUCAGCACGCUGUCUACGACUGUCCGGCGCCUUCCUCAAAUGAAGACAGCAGCUCCAACUCAUCAAUAAUCGCUAUCUCAGAGGAUGAAGACAACUCUACAGGGUUGAACAACCCAGAUGACUCCACAUCUGCUUUGAGCCUCUCGUUGUGGGAUGAUGAGACACCUGGGCCGUCGUAUUCUACGACAGCAGAGCAGGGCAGGACAGAGCAUCUGUCAGUCUUGGACUCAGACUCUGACAGUAGUUUGGAAGAAGAGACGCAAGAGUUUGCGUCACCACAGCAAAUGAGUCCUCAUAACCAAACAGACCUGACUCAGGGCAAACGCAAUAAUGAAGACUGUGUAUCCUCUGACAGUGAUGACUGUGUCAUUGUGGGUUUUGUUAAACCAACAGCAGAUCGGACUCCUCAGGUGGUUCAGCUUUCCUCUGACUCUGAGUGGUCUGCUGACGAUACUCAAGAAGUGCCUCUUCAGCCUCAACACAUUCGAUUCACCAGUAGCAGUCCUGCAACUCUACAUAGCAGUGAUCGUAGUGGGGCUGGACUAUCAGAAAAUGUAGACACAGAUGAUCGUCACCACUCAAGUUCAAAAGAAAGAUCAAGCAAGACGUAUAAGAAGUCAGACAGAAAAGGUCAGGGUAGAAGAUUUGACAGCAAAGAGAGAUCUAAGGAGAGGCACAAAUCAAAGGACAGACACUAUAGGAGGAGGAGGUCAAGAAGUAAAGAGCGGAGGCACUCUAGCAGAAGCCCGGUGAUCUCCCACAGCAGUGUGAGCACUUAUUCCACUGAAAAAAGUUAUUCUUAUUCAAAUGGAAGAGACUACUCCAGGUGUGACAGAUAUAAAAGGGACAGUGAUUACACCUACCAGUCAUAUAGCCAUUACAGCCAAGAGAGAAACGAUAGCGGGCUCCAUUACACACAAAGGCACUCGUACUAUUACAGCAGCCGCAGAUGCUCAGGUUUCCGCUCUCGCUCCAGUAGCCGCGACAAGGAUUUACGGAGACGGUACAGGAGGCGCUCUCGAUCCAGGACUUAUUCCAGCAGCCGCUCCCCUUCUGCCAGAAGGAAAUCUCAUUAUGACAAGCCUGGUGGGAAGAGGAAGUACAAAAGAAGACAUUUAGAGGACCCCUCCAGUACCACAGCGUUUAACUCCCAUGCAGAUGGUGACUCCUCUGCAUUAAGAAAACACAAGAAAAAAAGCAAAGAGAAGCACCGUAAAAAAUCCAAAGAGAAGUCUAGAAAGACCAGCAGGAGUCUCAGUGUGGAGCUCCUCAAUGAGGAAAAGGCACAUGAGCGGGGCAGGCGUCACCAUAAGAAAAAGAAGAAACACAAGAAGAAAAGCAAAAGGCACAAGAGCAGCGAACGCACAGAGAAGCGUUCACCCACUAUCAUUACCAUUGAUAGUGACAGCGAUUCAUUUGCUAAUGACAGUAUCACUCAGGCCACUAAUGCUAAUAAUGAUAAGCCCGCAGACGAUAGGACAGAUGACACAGUAGACACUACCCCUGCAGAUACACUGUUGUAAUCCUAUAUCAGAUUUUUACCCUCAGCUGCUGCCACCUGCCACCAUUUUUUUUUAAAAUCACAACAGUGUUCAGUAGGGUGAAAGCACAUAUCACAUGUUUGCUAUAGUGAUAUUACAUUGGACACUGACAAACUGAUGGUAUGAUGUAUGCACAAUGAGAAAGAUGACCUUUUUAGACCUCCAUGGCCUGAUUUAAAACAAUGCUUUUAUAUCUGUUAUGUGCUACUAUGUGUAAGACAAAUGGAAUAAUAUUGGAAGUGUCGUCUUUUUGUUGUUGUUGUUGGUUUUUUGUUUUUUAAGAGUCAGUUCUUACUCAGUAUUAUGUGCUGAGGGUCUCUCAGGGUUAAUGCUGAUUACAAUUUGUGCUGCCAUCAGUCGGCUAUAAUCUGGAGACAAAAGAAUAUAAUGUUUUGAUUUCAAAAUAA